AUGUGUCCGUCAUGGAAACCUUUUCAAUGUGUUUACGGCGAAUGCAUUCCUUUGCAGUAUCUCUGCGAUGGAUCUCGAGACUGCACUAACGGCUACGAUGAAGACAUCAACAUGUGUACUGCUGCCCGGCGCCCACCGGCGAUUGAAACCGCGGCGCUGUUCAUGCAGCUGAACGCAGUGCACGGUGAGGAUUUCCUGGCUAACUUGUUUGGAGAAAAGGCAAGAGGGAACUUCGUGCGCUAUGGAGGCGUUCUAAAAAUAGCCAUCGCAUUGUCAGAAAGUCCAACGUACAGGCAGUUCGCUCAAUCAAUCCAUAUGCCGCCCAGAGAAAUGAUGUAUUUCGUCAGAACGUUAGAAGCGCUGUCCGAAAGCAACCUUGACGAUGUGAAAGAUCUCGGCUUCAGCAAUAGCGAAAUUCCUGUAAUGAAGUUCUACACGGACAACUUACGUCGAACGGGAUUCUUCUAA